AUGAAGAGCGCAGCAGCAGCAGGGGGCAGCAGCAGCAGCAUUCUUGCAGAUCCUCGGCCAGAAGCAGCAGCAGCAGCAGCAGCAGCAGCAGCAGCAGCAGCAGCAGCAGCAGAAGCAGCAGGACCAUCAGCAGCAGCAGAAGCAGCAGCACCAGAUGCAGCAGCAGAAACAGCAGCACCAUCUGCUGCACCUCUAACUUGCAACAAUGCGCAGCAACACAAUCAGCAGCAAGCAGCAGCUGCAGCAGAAGAUGUAUACAGGCACACCCCAGCGGUGUCUUCCUUGCUGCUGCUGCCUAGCUUGACUGCUGCUGCAGCAGCAGCUGCUGCUCCUGUUGCUGCUCCUGCUGCUGCGCAGCAAACUGCAGCAGAUGCAUGCAGCACACACACACCAGAAACUCCCUUCUGGCAGCAGCUGCAGCAAGACACAGCUGUAGAGCUGCAGCUGCCGCAGCAGGUGCAGCAGCAGCUGCAGCAGCAACUGCAGCAGCAACUGCAGCAGCAACUGCAGCAACAGCUGCAGCAGCAUUUGCAACAGCAGCUGCAGCAGCAGCUGCAGCAGCAGCUUCAGCAGCAAUAUCAUGCUGCAACACAUCAGCACAAGCAGCAGCAGCAUCAGCAGCAACAGCAGCAGCAGCAGCAUACAGGCACACCCCAGCGGUGUCUUCCUUGCUGCUGCUGCCUAGCUUGA